UGUGAACGUGUUGUUGUUGUAGUUUGGCUAACAAGCUAACAUGCCUGCUUCUUAACUAGGCCCAAACAGUCCAGGAAACGUUUUUGUAUUGUAAUGCAAAGUAUACGCCUCUUCUUGUUAACUUGUUUUAGGCCUAUUUUUACCAGAGUUGGAACGUUUUUGAGAGACUUGUAACCAGUGGUGUAAAGUAACUGAGUACAUUUACUCAAAUUUUGAGGUACUUACUUUAUUUAGUAGGUACUGGGCCCACGCAGAGGGAGAAGGACAAAACCCCUAUUUCAGUUGCACCAUUUUUUUGUGCAAAUGCUGCAUCUUCUAUUCUUUCUUAAAGUACACCACUUCCUUUAAUUAUGUUUAAUGGAUGUCCACGUAUUCCAGGAAAAGCACCGUUGACUCAAACAUGACAGCAGCUUGCAGCACAGAAACAUCCAUGAAGAAAACACCUACGUUGGAAAUGUCCCAUGCAACAGAGCUCCCAGAAAGCACCCUCUGUGUGGCGUGCUCUGCAGACGGCAGGCUCCUCGGCCUGGGUCACUCCCGGGGUUUCUCUGUGUGGUGUGCUUGUUCUCUGCUCUGUGCUGCAGAGUGGCUGCAGGACGGGCUGGAAAUGACCUCUAUUCAAAUCACCAGAAUGGCUGAGAAAGCCUAUCUGCUUGCCACAGUUGACGAUAUGGGUGUUGCCAGAGUCUUUGCAUAUCACUGUGAGAGCAUUCACCUCCUCAGCGUUAUUAACACCAUGGAAAAUAUCAACAAAAGGAGCAUUUGCUUGACAUUUGAACUGUCUGAAGGGGGACAUUAUGGAGCGGCGUCAAUCAGCUGUAACAGUGAUGUUUGGCUCGAGGUCUAUCACUUCCCCUCAGACGCUUGGCUCAAAGAGUUGGAGAUGGAACCAUCUCAAAAUCAGGACCCUGACUCAUCUGCAGAUGUGGAAGUGAAAUGGUCUCCACUUGCAGCGGUGAUUAAAAUCCAGCCACCCAAGACUCCUGCAGGGACAGAACUGGAUGGUCCACUCGAGGUGUUGCAGAAGAACGACUUUUUGACAUACUGUCUGGCUCUGGACAAAGACAUGGGCAGCAGUCAAUGGGAUGAACAGCCUUUUGAUAAAGAAGCAGGAAAAAUAAACGAAAGCCUAAGACGUUGCACCCAUCACUUUCUCCUGCCUUGUGGUCAGUUUCCUGGUGAUAGUCAUGCAAAGGAUCAGCCAGCAUUGCCUGUUUCUGUCUGUGUGUGGUGGAGUGGCAGCCAUAAUCUUUUUCAUUAUUUGCUACGAAAGUCACCAAAGAACAAAACGGAUGUGGAACCCAUGCUAGAUGUGUUGUGGCCAAACGCAAAGGAAAUCCUCUGCUCUGCUGUUAGUCGAUGCACACGUUUCAUUGCUCUUGGGCUCGACGACGCUUUAGUGUGUGUGUGGGACAGGCAGUCUGGGUCUCCUUUGUCUGUUGUCCCAGUGUCCGCAACAGACAGUGCUUUCUCCAGGAUGCAGUUUGUGGAUUUCCGGCCUGAGUCUGCUGAUGAUUCCCAAACUGCUGCAACAGUCUGUCUUUCAGUGUUGUGUAAAAGUGGAACGGUUCAUGCAGUCACUUCAGGACGAGGGGCUCAAUCCUGCACAGCGCAGCUCAAUGAAAGGCCCAAAGACAGCGGAGACAUCCCAACUGUCAUUGCACCAGUGCCGUUCCUGCAGAGUAUGAUGCUUGUGGUGCAAAGAAAUGGAAAAAUGUUCCUCCAAGAUGUCCUCAACAAAACCAAAGUGUGCUUCUUAAAUCCUCCUAAGACUUUUCAGAUUUCCACUCCCUGCAGUCCUGUUUAUGCUCUGAACACUAAACAGCAGACUCUGGUCAUACAAGGGGAGCAGGAGUCCAGCUGCAGCGCAGGGAGACAGAGCCAGCUGUUCAGCUUCACUUUUGGAGAGCAUGGCAUCAUGGAGCAGUAUAUAAUUUCACAUCCAGACUCCCAGAGACAAAACACACUGGAGGAAGCCUGCAAUAUCUACCUCCGGCAAAGAGCGCUGUCUGUGGAUGAAAGGAACAAAGCUAUAGCCCACACAUGGAAGCAGCUGCAGGACACAGCCGAGCUCGAGCAACAGAGACACAGCCAGCUGAGGGGCAGCAGCACAUCUUGUUUUGCUCCGAGUGCAGAUUGGCGGCAGAUCAAUCAUUUGAAUCCUUGAGCUACAAUGGAGAGGUGGUGUUCAUUUGACAGAGAGAUUCUUCGGAUGACAUCUCCCUUAUCGUUUGCAUACAAACACACUCUCCAUUGUUGCAUCGUUGGUACUGCAUCUUCAGCGCAUCAGAUCGGACUCUGUGUGAAAAGGAACUGCUGCGGAAAACAGAUUUGAAUAUGUGCUCAAAAGCCUCAUUAUACAUUAAAUAGAAUAAUGUACUGAGGGUGACGGCAAAGGGCCCAAAUAUCAUUGAUAGCGUAAUAAAAGUGCAGGUGCUCUAUUCAAGAUAUCCACAUUUGUACCAGGGGAAAAACAAUUAGACAGUAUAACAAUGCAGCAAUAGCCUCUUAACGAAACAGAGACUUAACUGUCAUUGCUGUCUUUUUGCUGUUGGUCUUGUGCUUUUAGUCAUUUCCUUGUGAUAUUGAUGCUUUAUCAACAUUUAAUGUUAUACAAAAAAAUAAAAAACAAACCUGCUGUUGUCAUUCCCAGCUCCCAAUCCCCUCUGUUUUGCCUUCCCUAGAAACGUCCAAUCAACUGCAGCGAUGGCCUCUUUAGGCAUUUGCUCUCAUUAGUACAAAAGUAAAACAAAAGAGAAUUGAUAACAAUAACAGAGAAUCCCAUAUCAGAAAACGGUCUUCCUCUGAAGCUAAAUGUCAAACUGUUGAACUUAUUUUAUUUCUUAAAGAUUAUUAAAUGUUGAAACAAUUAAAUGAAUUUGAUAAAACCA